ACUGCGCCCGCGGGCGUCCCCGUGAGGGGCUGCAGCCAGCCGGGAAGGAGAGAGGCAGGGCGGGGAAACCAGCGAGGCAACAGCCCCACCAGGACGAGCCGUGACGGACUGUGAGGGAGCUCAGACGCGUUGUGACGGAAAAAGCGGGCUGUGAGGGGAAAAGCGAGCUGUGACGGAAAGAGCGGGCUGCGAGGGGCGAAGCGCGCCGUGAGGAAGGUGCAGGCUCUGAGGAGGCGCCGCCCUCCACCGCGUUCCCGGCAGCCUCCGCCGCUGUGGGGGCCCGGCAGCGGCGCAAGAUGGCGGCGGACAGCGAACCCGAGUCGGAGGUGUUCGAGAUCACGGAUUUCACCACCGCCUCCGAGUGGGAGAGAUUUAUUUCAAAAAUAGAAGAAGUAUUGAAUGACUGGAAACUUAUUGGGAUUUCUUCAGGCAAACCUCUAGAGAAGGGUAUAUUUACCACAGGAACAUGGGAAGAGAAAUCGGAUGAAAUUUCAUUUGCAGACUUCAAAUUCUCAGUUACCCAUCAUUAUCUUGUACAAGAACCCAGUGACAAAGAUGGGAAAGAAGAGCUGGGAGAAGAUGCACUUCCUCUGCCAAUGCAGGACUUGCUGUGCAUGAACAAUGACUUUCCUCCUCGAGCCCACUGUCUGGUGAGAUGGUAUGGCUUACGUGAGUUUGUGGUUAUUGCUCCAGCUGCAAAUAACGAUGCUGUUGUUAGUGAAUCCAAGUGUAACCUCUUGCUGAGUUCCAUUUCCAUUGCACUGGGCAAUACUGGCUGUCAGGUGCCCCUGUUUGUGCAGAUCCAUCACAAGUGGCGGCGGAUGUAUGUGGGGGAGUGCCAGGGCCCGGGCGUGCGCACGGACUUCGAGAUGGUUCACCUGCGCAAGGUGCCCAGCCAGUACACACAUUUAUCAGGGCUGCUGGACAUCUUCAAAACCAAGAUUGGCUGCCCUUUGACACCUCUGCCUCCAGUUAGCAUGGCUAUUCGGCUCACCUUUGUGCUCCAGGACUGGCAGCAGUACUUCUGGCCACAGCAGCCACCAGAUAUAGACGCUCUAGUUGGGGGAGAAGUUGGAGGCCUGGAAUUUGGGAAGUUACCAUUUGGUGCCUGUGAAGAUCCUAUUAGUGAACUGCAUUUAGCUACAACGUGGCCUCACCUUGCAGAAGGGAUAAUUGUUGACAAUGAUGUUUAUUCCGACCUGGAUCCACUUCAAGCACCCCAGUGGUCUGUGAGAGUUAGAAAAGCAGAUAACCCUCAGUGUCUACUGGGUGACUUCCUUACUGAAUUCUUCAAGCUUUGCCGUCGGAAAGAGUCAACAGAUGAGAUACUUGGAAGGUCUGCAUUUGAUGAUGAAGGAAAAGAGGUUGCUGAUAUCACCCAUGCGCUGUCGAAGCUCACAGAGCCAGCACCAGUGCCAAUCCCCAAACUAUCAGUCACAAACAUGGUUCACAGUGCCAAGAAAAAGAUCCGCAAGCACAGAGGUGUGGAUGAGUCUCCUUUGAACAAUGAUGUACUGAACACCAUUCUCCUGUUCUUAUUUCCUGAUGCUGCUGACAAACUUGCAGAUGUAUUUGAAAGCAGAGCCAGCACUUCAGCAGGAAACAAUCCUCCUCCAGAGAAUGAAGAUUAUAAUCUCUUCAGUCAUUUUAAGUCUGCUCCAUCUGACAGUCUGACAUACAAAUUAGCUUUAUGUCUUUGUAUGAUAAACUUCUACCAUGGCGGAGUCAAAGGAGUGGCACAUCUUUGGCAAGAGUUUGUGCUGGAAAUGCGUUACAGAUGGGAGAACAACUACCUUAUUCCAGGAUUAGCUAAUGGCUCUCCAGAUCUGAGAUGUUGUUUACUGCAUCAGAAACUUCAGAUGCUAAAUUGUUGCAUUGAAAGGAAGAAAGCAAGAGAUGAGGGGAAAAGGGGGAGCAUGUCUGAUCGUUCACCUGGUGGUGCUUCUGGUGAUGGUGCCAAAGGAGGAGACCACUCUGGGGAAAACCCAGAAAAAGAAUUUGGCAAGUCUUGGGAAUCGUGGAGUGACAGCGAAGAGGAGUUUUUUGAAUGUCUCAGUGACACAGAAGAUCUUAAAGGAAAUGGACAGGAAAAUGGCAAGAAAGGAGCAAAAGAGUCUGUAAAUUUAAAGCCAGAAGGUCGUUUGCAUCCACAUGGAAAACUGAUGCUGCUGCAUCCAGGAGAGCCUCUCUACGUUCCAAUAACACAGGAGCCAGCCCCCAUGACUGAAGACCUGCUGGAGGAGCAGUCGGAGGUGCUGGCCAAGCUGGGCACGUCGGCAGAGGGAGCUCACCUGCGGGCGCGCAUGCAGAGCGCCUGCCUGCUCUCCGACAUGGAGUCCUUCAAGGCAGCUAAUCCUGGCUGUUGUCUGGAGGAUUUUGUGAGGUGGUACUCGCCUAGGGACUACAUCGAGGAGGAAGUGGUUGAUGAGAAGGGCAAUAAAGUCAUUAGGGGUGAGCUGAGCGCCCGGAUGAAGAUUCCCAGCAACAUGUGGGUGGAGGCCUGGGAGACAGCAAAGCCAGUCCCAGCACGGAGGCAGAAGAGGCUUUUCGAUGACACCAGGGAGGCUGAGAAGGUCCUUCAUUAUCUUGCAGUUCAGAAACCAGCUGACCUUGCAAGGCAUCUCCUGCCUUGCAUCAUCCAUGCAGCUGUACUCAAGGUAAAGGAGGAAGAAGCACUAGAAGAUAUAUCUUCAGUUAAGAAGAUUAUUAAGCAGAUAGUAUCACAUUCCAGCAAAGUGCUACGUUUUCCCAGUCCAGAGGAUAAGAAGUUGGAAGAAAUUAUCGCUCAGAUUAUGAGUGUGGAAGCCAUCAUUGCCAGGGCAAGGUCUCUCAAAGCAAAAUUUGGGGUAGAGAAAUGUGAAAAUGAAGAGGAGAAGGAAGAUCUACAAAGAUUUGUAAACAGUCUCCUGGAGCAGCCAGAAGUGUCAGUUGUUGGUGCAGGAAGAGGACCUGCUGGCAGUAUCAUUCACAAGCUGUUUGUGAAUGCUCAGAGGGUGCCCGCCGUGCCGCCGCUGGAGGAGGAGCUGCGGCGCUCGGGCUCGCAGGAGGAGCGCAGGCAGGGCGUGCAGUCCGAGUUCCCGCCGCCCACGGGCCGGGAGGUGAUCCUGCGCACCUCGGUGCCCCGGCCCGCCCCCUACUCCAAGGCGCUGCCGCAGCGCAUGUACAGCGUGCUGACCCGCGAGGAUUUCCGGCUGGCGGGGGCCUUCUCGGCGGACACCACCUUCUUCUGAGCGCCAGGGACUCAGUGCUGCGGCACGGAGCGCUGCACAGGGACUGCGUGCGCUGCUUUCUAAGGACUUGCACUGGCCGCCGGGAGAGGUGGCUGGAGCAACUCAUCUCCGAGGUUUGGAAUGACUUCAGGAGUGGUUUCAAACUCUCAGUCCAGAGGGAGCAUAUCUUUCUUUCCUUGCAUUAGCUUAAUUACGGACCUGAAUGGGCUGUGUGCAAAUAUUCGUGUUGAAAUUUAUGCAGAACAUGCUGCUUUACACUUCAGGAUCAGACUUUAUCAAGUGACAUUAGUCCACUUAAAUUGAUAUAUAUAAACAUUAAGUAAUUUAUAUUUAUUACUAAUCAUAAUUACAGAGCCCAGUAUUUUUUGGUUAAUUACUGUUUCAAGUGCUUCUGAAAUAUCCUAUUUUUAUUUAAAGUGUACAGUUCAUUCUCUAGAUUGUGCUAAACUCUGCUGGUUGGCCAGAUGUCUUCACUUCUCUGGGACAGAACUAAGUGCGCAGUGAGUCUGACAGACAGCCUGCAGUGGGAUACUUUAUAUCCUUCCCUGUGUGCAAGGGCCAAAGCUGAUGGAAAUGACACCCCAGAGGUGUUUCACUGUGAGCAACUCAGUGGUGUUUGCUGAGGCUAUUUGCCUGCACUCCCUGUCAUCGAUGAGAGAGGAGGGGACAGCUCUGUCACCUCUGGCCCCUCACCCCAUUUGUGCCAAUGUUGCUUUACAGUGACCUUGUCAUAUGUUUGAAUGAGAAUCAGCAGAAGAUCAGCAUUACUUGACCAAUGUACAAACAGCUGCAGUACUGUGAACAUUACUCAAUAAACGUGAACAUACUGUUGGCUCUCAGUA